GGGAGCGGGGCGAUAGGGCGGGCUGCUCCGCGCUGGCGGCGGCGGGAGGAUGCGCGAGUACAAGGUGGUGGUGCUGGGCUCGGGCGGGGUGGGGAAAUCGGCGCUCACGGUGCAGUUUGUGACCGGCACCUUCAUCGAGAAGUACGACCCCACCAUCGAGGACUUCUACCGCAAGGAGAUCGAGGUGGACGCCUCGCCGUCCGUCCUGGAAAUCCUGGACACGGCGGGCACCGAGCAGUUCGCCUCCAUGCGGGACCUCUACAUCAAGAACGGGCAGGGCUUCAUCCUCGUCUACAGCCUGGUCAACCAGCAGAGCUUCCAGGACAUCCGACCCAUGCGAGACCAGAUCAUCCGCGUCAAGAGGUAUGAGAAGGUGCCAGUAAUUCUGGUCGGUAAUAAAGUGGACCUGGAAAGUGAGAGAGAAGUAUCAUUGAGUGAAGGCAGAGCCUUAGCUGAAGAAUGGGGCUGCCCCUUUAUGGAGACCUCUGCGAAAAGUAAAACAAUGGUGGAUGAGCUCUUUGCGGAAAUUGUUAGACAAAUGAACUAUGCAGCACAGCCAGACAAAGAUGAUCCAUGCUGUUCUGCGUGUAAUAUACAAUAGCAUUAAAAAUUACCUAACCUGGACUUCAUUUGCAGACAUUUUGUAAGGUGGUAAAACUGUCUACUUCACUUCCUGGUUUGUCGGUCACUUGAAAUACAUCUGUAGUGAAGUAGCAACAUUAACUCAGAGCUGAGCAUUGAAAGUCAAUCACUGACUCUGAAUAUAAUUGGGUUAAAUGACCACAUCUCACCUGUUUUUUCCCUUUGAGCACCUGCAAUUUUAUGGCAUAGCCAGUUGAUCUACAGGGUCAUUCCAGUCAAGCAUACUUGUGUUGUCAUGUGAGACAGCAACAACAGCAACUAUUUCUGAAGAAGCUGAAAAACUUUUGGAAAUGGGAAACAAAAGCAGUGGAGAGAAUAUCUCUGAAGACCAUUCACUACUAGCAUAAAUGCAAAAAGAGAGCCAAGGCUUUCAGUGUCUAAUUACCAUGCUUCAGGAUGUGCGCUAUCACUCGUGGCCAAGUUUGUUCAGUCAAAUAUGUUGAUUUCACCAGAACUUCUGGCAGUGUUAGAGGAAGAGGCUACCAGAGACAUAUAUAGUUUGGAUUUAUUUUCAAAAUUGAUGCUUUUAUUUCUACACUUAAUCCCACAUCUUGAAAAGGAAAAGAUUGAAUCGGCGUGUGAAAUGAGAGGCAAGAUCUGAAAACAAAUGGCAGGUGAAGAAAUAGUUGGCAUUGGAAUGUUUUAAAUCUUUCAUUUUGCUGCUCAAAAAUGGAGGAUCACUUCAGGUUUUGGUCUGCAAAAAGCCAAACAAACCCUCUGUUUACAAAGCAGGAAGCAUCUUUAUUUAUCACUUUACUGAACCAGGAGGAAGCAACUGUGAUGAAAAAAAUUUGCUGAGCCUUACUAACAAGGAACACUUUAAUAGAUUAACUAGUACCAUCUUGUAAGGAAAAUUAAGCCAUGUUGCGUCCGUAUGUUCCCUUCUGCAGAAACCUCGUGGGACAGUAUGAACAUCCUGCAUUUUUAAGUUUGUUAAAGACAACAGUUUUUCUUGCCUUUAAGGGCUACGUUCUCUGGUGUGAUCCCUAACUAACCUUUGAAAAAUCAAGUUUGCUAUUUGAUAGCUUUAAUGUUGAAAACUUAAAUUGAAUAACAUGAAAUCAUUUAGUUCAGAGGUGAAAUAGUUAUGGUUGUAAUUCCUUAGGUGAAUGUGGAAAUGGCUCUUUAAUUGCCUGACACACUAUUUGAAGGUUGCCCCAAUUAUUGGAGUGCUAAAUGGUGGGAGCCAAUGUUUUAUUUUGAAAGGAUGCUCGAGCUCUGCCUUGCUAGUUUCAUAGCAGUGAAGUAUUUAUCAUUUGCAUGACUAAUGGCACAGAAAUACCUAUUCCGAAGUCUUACAAUCAAAGUAUAGAAAAGUUUUCAAUCACAAUGUUUAGAUUUUAAAUGCUGAAGAGAUUGUCUUGAGCUGGAUCUUUUAUAGGUAAAAUUGGCCAUAAGAAUACAGAGUCACUGAGCCUGUGGUCUAAAUAACACCAUGUGUUUAUUAGUUUUUCAAUCUUGUGUAGUAACAGUGUAGUUCCUUGUGUUUAAAUGAGUGAAAACUGGGGUGCUGGGAUGUGUGUGUGUGUUGAGAGUGUGUGUGUGUGUAUAUGGCCCUUAGAAAUGCUGUAAUUGGAGUUAUGUUUGAGAGUUUUGCCUCCAUCUGCAGAACUUCCUAAAAAUGCACUCAUCUGCUACAAAGGAAACUUGAGUACAAAAUGCUUUGCGGAUUUUCAUACGUAAAUAUCCUUAACGUUUUGAAUUAUGCUUCAGUGGAUGAUAACUAAAGGAAAUCCUAAUAAUGGAAGAGAACUGGCCAUCUCUGCCCUUAAUCUUUCAAGAUCUUUCCACAACCAAUGUAUCAAAGGGCAUUAGAUGUCGCAAAACAUUAAGCCUUACUAGAACAUAUAUGUAGCCCAUUUCCCAUCUACCUUGCAGAGCUUUCAUUACUGUACUUUAUUCUCUUAGGGAGAUAGGCACACUCUUUAUUUCUGGCAUCUGAAUGCCCAUUUUGGGUGCUCUGACUUGCCCUCCUAGAGGCACCUACCUCUUUCCAUUGACUAUAUAGCAAACUUAGGCUUUUAACUUUGGUCCUCUAAGUCACAGAACUUAUAUGCCUAAACUAGAUGGUAUGAAUGUUCUCUUCCCCCCGCCUGCACGUUGUGUUAGCCGCCAUGCUUAGGUAAGAUGUGAGAUGUCAGGUUAAUGAUAUUUCAAUGUUAAAAUAUCUAAAUUGUUAAUACAAUAAACCAUUUCCAGACAGGUUGUAGUGCUCAGUUUUCAGUGUGAAAUCCACUGCCUAAGUGCUCAAAGAAACAACCCAAAUCUGAAACUCAGUUGGAAUUAUAUUUUAUGCAAUGUUAUUUACAGAGAUAUUAAAAUCUUACCUCACAGAUCGUUUAUCGACCAAGAAAAUGGCAUACGAGUACAAUAUGAACUGCCUAACAUGAAGUUCAUAAUAUAAAACAGGCUUUUAAUGUAGGGAAGAAAUGCACAGUAAAAUUUUUAACACAAAAUAUUUAUGGAAGUAUCUCCCAGUUUUGUUUCUUCAUUACAUUCUUACAUUUUCAAAAACUGAGGCCAUAAGUAAGCUACCACACAAUGUGGUGGGGGGAAAGCGUAAGUGUUGUUUUUCAUUGUAUAGGUCUGAGGAAGUAGUUAUGCACUAUUUGUAUUUCCACUAAUGUGAAGGUAGUGGAGCUUGAAUCAAUGACAGUUGCACUCGACAGAUUUUUUCAAAUUCUAGGAGUAGCUGAAAGGGAGGCGAGUGAGCCUCACAAAGCCUGUGUGGCCGUCCUGUGGGAAUCCUUGGUCUUGGGUCACUGUUUCAUUUCUAUCCCGAUAAAAUUACCAGUUAUAUAGUAUUUGAAAGUUUCUUAUAACAUGCCUUAAAAUAUUAUUUGUUCCAAAGACCCACAUUUGCUUUGGCUGUUCUUGUAGAGUUUUAUAUUUUUCUACAAAGACAGCAUUUCUCCAAUUUUGUUGUUUUUUGGGGUUUUUUUAAAUGUUGCAACUUUUAUUCUUUUAAGCUAUGAUAGUGAGAGCAACUGUUUCCUCUUUCCCAUAAAAAUACACACGAAAGCUAGUCAAGGCAAACAAGCCAGAAUCAGAUAAUAUCAGAGUAUUAAACGUAACUGCGUUGGGUUUUGUUUUGGUUUUGUUUUUAUUCUAUUGUGUCCGCCCCUUCAGAGCAUCAACGAAAAUUUUGGGUGACAUUUUCUGUUCUGGUUCUAGCCUCUCCCUAACCCCAGUGCUACAGUUGCCAUUACUUUUCUGUGGGAAAACUACUGGUAUUUGCUUUCCUGUAUAGAAUGUUGCCUAAAGAUGUCAACCAUUUGGUUGGGGGGUUUUGUGCAUGUUUGGUUUUUAUUUUCAUUUUUUUUACCAGUGUGCCAUCAAAGCACUGGUUAGGCUUUAAUUGUGAAACUCCACAACAAAAGCAAAUGUUUGACAACUGCAGGAGGCUUUUAUCUGCAUUGUUGUGUGCAUCUGUUAAUUCUUGAUCAGGGUUUGAAGAGAGACUGAAGUGGGUUCUGGAAUCGGGCUUAAUGCUGUUGAUUUGGAGUUUCCUAGGGUGAAUUAAUGUAUUUCACAGUUAAUUGUUGAGCUCUAAUACAACUGGCAACUUAAAAAGGGGCAACAGUUUGUUUUGUAACAGUGUCAGUUGUUUAAACCUUGAUGUUUCAAAUAAAACAAGAAUUGUACAUAGAACUCAAUGCAAACUCAGCAGUUGUAUUUGGAGUUAAAUUAUUUUAACAAAUAAAUUUAUUUAAUGAAACCUCCCUUGCAUUUCUU